AUGUCAGAUGAACGCACUAAAGGAACUCAUGAAGUGAGUAGUGAUCCAAAUAAAGAAACCUCAUCGCUGUCAGCUGUAUCUCUUCAAUCAACUGGCAUAUCUGAAGUUAGCAGCAAAUUAGGCAUGGGUAGUCUGCCCCUACAACAAAGAGAAAGUAUUUCCGAUACUAAGAAGAACAAGUAUUUGGUUUUUUCCACUGACCCAAUGGAAUAUAAUAUGCCACAUCAAAGAGAACCAGAUUCCCUGGUACAUCAGUAUACUUCUGCUGAAAGAACGAAAUCACAUCCUGUUCAGCCAGGCGCAUUCAUACCAUCGGAUGCAUUUGAGGGAUGUAACGACAAGGGCAAACAAAAAGUAGAAAAGCCUCCAGACGCUGGUGACGACAGGCUAACCAAUGAACAAGCAGCAGAGGCUCUCGUCACUGAGAAACAGGAGGGUGAGCGCCUGCCAAGAGCUGGUUUCUCAAAGAGGAAGCCCUUUCCAGAACGUUUAUCGUUUUAUGAAAGAAUUUUCCUAAAGUACUGCAACCAUGAGGACCCUGAUGAAGAGCCUAGAGACCAGGAAUCUACUGAUAUUCCAAAUGCAAAUUUCAGUGAGGUGCCUGGUGGCUUUGAUCACGUAGAAGAAAUCCUUAUACAGAAAAAAGCAAAGGAAAACAUUGACAUUGAGAAAAAGAUCCAAAUGAUUCUUGAAAGUGGAUCUGUAUCAGAUCAACUGGAAAAAAUGCAGUUUAAGAUGAAGACACUUUUGGAAAGAAAAAAGGACAUUGUGAACACAGUACAAGAACUUCAAGAUCAAAGAAUGCAACUCCAGGCAACAAUGAUGGAGCAGUUAUCCAACACAACUAAGCAGAAGAAGGGACAGAAGAGGGGGAAAGGCAAAGACACGAAGCUUCUUCUAAACAUGGAUGGGAAGAGGGACAACCUUUGUGGAAUUCCAUCCUCUAAACAUUCAUCUAUGCUGGCCAAACAGGCUGAUGCAUAUGAAAACCUUGACCUUAAAAUAAAAUUCUUCUGGAGCAAGUAUAAAGAAAUUUGUUCAAGAUUAUCAGAGCUGAGUGAUACAAAGAGGAUUUUAGAACAGAAAAAUAAAGAAGCUUAUUUAGAGUCAAUUGUUCAGAAUUCCAAGAUUCCUCCAGAAGAAAGAAGGCUACAAAGUGCUCUAUAUCGGAGAUUGCACCCAGAUAAGGAUUUUGUGCUUGACCUAAAUGACCUUGAACAAGCUCUCCAGGAUGUUAACAAAUGCCUGGUUUCUCCAAAAGAGUUCUCUUAUAUUUUCCAUAUUCUUGAACUCCCAGGUCAACAAUACAGGCUAAACCUUGAACUCUUCUGUGUAGUGGCAGCUCUGUCUGAGAAAGUGACACAACUUGACCCAGUGAUUAAGAAAUUGGUCAAUAAACUGGAUUUUGAAGCCUUAAGCGUUCGUAUUGAGAAAGCAAAAGAUCUCUGGCAUCUCCUCCAGGAUGAUGAAGGAGAAAAAGGAAGGAAAACAAACAGAAUGACUGGAGGAUCAGUCAGCAUUCGCCGACUGGCACUUGAGCUGGCAGCAGGUGGAUUUUCAUUGGAGGCUAUUAAUUUUGCCCUGCAGAAGUUCAACCGCGGAAAAGCAGGUGUUCUGUCUUUCCUGGAUUUUGUUACCUACAUCCCCUUGUUUGUCGAAAUCCACGAGGGCAUAGUUCAGAAUCCUCUUUCACUCGUCCCAAACACUAUUCCAGAUCUGGAAGAUGAGCUUCAUAUGAAUGUAAUUUAGAAACACAGAACUGCAAGGUGAAUCCAGCAAUGCAAGAAGACCCAGAUAUGGAAAUCUCAAAUAUCUAUUUUUUAUUUAAUUAAGAAUUUGCUUAAAGUUACUGCUGAUUGCUGUACAAAGCUCAAAUAAUGUUGUCAUAGUCAGUGCUGAUCAUUAGAGAUUCCCGGUGCAAUAGAGACUUAGGUGAAAGUUUGUGGUAAGGUUGUUCUACCUUUUUCAAAGGCUAUGUAUGAUUCCCUAGA